AUGGUUCCCCUGGAGGAAGCAGAAAACUUGGGAGUGGCCAACAGCACGCCAGCCUCUCCUCCUCCUCCUGCUGCUGCUGCCUCAUCAAGCGGUGGCUCUCCAAGUGUCACGAGCAAUACCGCUCCGCCUCCGCCAACUGCAACACCGGCUGCCGACCCAGCCCCCCAAACCGCCCUGAGCCCACAGACAACAGCCGAGGUCCAAACCUCGUUCACCACAGUAUUCAUAGGCCUUUCUUCAUCUACAACACCAACAACAACAACAGCAUCAAGUUCCACAACGAGCCCUCCUACAACCCCGCAUACAGCAGCCCAACCUAGUCGGGCUUUCCCCUCCGACACCACCGGAAGUUCUGGCCCAGGAACAGGGACGGGUGGCGUACUAGACCUCGCACCGCCGGACUCGCCCUCCAACAACAACAAUAACAACAAUAACAACAAUAACAACAAUAACAACAAUAACAACAAUAACAACAACAAUGAGAACAACUACCUCAACCUGGUCACCAUCGGCGUCUCCUCCGUCGUCGGCGGGCUGGUGCUCUUCCUCGGCCUGUUCCUGGCGGCACGCUUUCUCUAUGUGCGCCGGGUGAGGGCGAGGAUGAGGAGGCGAGCGGCGAAGGGGAAGGGGAAGAUGAAGAUCAAGGUGAAGGGGCGUGGGACUGUUGCUAUUACAGGACCCGUGCAGGUUCCGGGGAGCGGGCCUAUCAUGAUGAUGCAGGAGGGGAAGGGGGCUGAGAUGGUUCCUAUUGUUAUGUUGGGGGGUGGACAUCGUUGCGGUGGUCGGGGUGGGAAUGGGAAUGGGGUUGGUUCGUCGUCGUCAAGUCGGAACGGGGAGUUUUGGGGGAAGGGGGGCUCAGAUGGACCGGGAGGUCAAGAGGGCGGGUUCAUCUGA